AUGUCCAAACCCCUCCGAGUCGGCAUCCUACUAGCCGACAUAGUCCAACUCCUAGACCUAGCAGCAGUAGACCUCCUCUACAUGACAUCGCCAGAAUACCUAGUAGACCUAGGUCUCCCAACCCCCCUAAUAGACCUAGGUCGACCCUGUCAAAUCCACUACAUAGGCCAAAAGCAAAUAAACGCCCCAUUAACCUCCCAAACAACAAUCCCCCUCACAAACACCCUCACGGAUGAAGAAGUCGCGCCAGGAAACCUAGACAUACUCUACCUCCCCGGCUCUCCACCGAAGAACAUGCCCCCGCCAGAGGCAUACCUGGAUUUCCUGCGUCGACACAGCGAUGCAGGCGUUACCAUCCUGUCUAUCUGCACUGCGGCGCUCAUCGUCGCCCAUGCGGGCCUUGCUGCUGGAAGGACGGUUACUGCGCCACGGUUCCUGAUUCCUCAAUUGCGGAAACAGUUUCCUGACGCUGUUUGGGACGAUAGUGUACGGUUUACGCGGCAUGGAAAUUUGUGGAUGAGUGGUGGAAUUACGAACGGACAUGAUCUUAUCGCCGAGUAUCUGAGGGUCAAUUAUCCGGCGCCGCUCGUCAAUACUAUUCUUGCUGCUGCGGAUGUUCCUUUACGGCCGGCUGAGUAUGAGACUAAGGCUACUACUGAUACUCUGUAUAUGGUUUGGCAGGUUAUGAGGGCUUUACCUUAUACAGUUGUGAAUAUGGUUGUCAAUAGGGAAUAUACGAGGGUGUAG